AUGUCUGUAAAGGCUGUUAAAUAUUUGUACAAAUACAUAUACAAAGGGCAUGAUUGUGCGAAUGUUUUGAUAAAUGAACAGGUUAAUCAUGAUGAAAUAAACACUUUCUUAGAUUGUCGUUAUGUUAGUGCACCUGAGGCACUGUGGCGAAUAUUUGAGUAUCCCAUAAGUCAUAUGUCACACACUAUUAUCCGUCUUAAGGUUCAUCUUCCUGAGAAUCAGAUUGUGUAUUUUAGAGAAGGAGAAGAACAAGUGGCGUUAGAUCGUGCUGCUCAACGUGAUACACACCUUACGCUCUGGUUUAAAUUGAAUUCUGAAAAUAAAGGAGCCCAUCGCUACUCAUAUGUUGACAUUCCAUAUCACUUUCUAUUUGAUGAUAAACAUUGUAAAUGGAAGGUUAGACAAAGAGGUGGAAAUAAGGUGAUAGUAAGAAUGUAUAAAGUUAGUCCAACAGGAGAAUUAUUUUUUCUUAGAUUGUUACUUUUGCAAGCAAAAGGUGCAACAUCUUGGGAGGAUUUGCGUACUGUUAAUGGAAUAGUUCUUGAAACCUUUCGAGAAGCGUGUGUUUUUAAUGGUUUGUUGCAAGAUGACACUGAAUGGCAGAAUACUCUUUCUGAGGCAGUUUUAACGCAAAUGCCUAAGCAAAUCAGGCAGCUGUUUUCAAUUAUUUUAACCUUUUGUGAACCUGAUGACCCUUUGCAUCUUUGGAAUACAUAUAAAGCUUUUAUGAUGGAGGAUUUCAUUCAUCGCCAAGUUCCAUUUAUAUUAGCUGAACAAGCUACUCUUCUUCAAAUCGAAAAGAUUAUUAAUCAAAGUGGUAAAACGCUAUCUGAUUAUAAUUUGCCUGUUGUUGAUAAAUUCAUAGAUUUUAAUCUAGAAAAUUUAAAUGAUAAUGUUCAGCAAUCAAUUGACGAAGCUAAUAGAAUGAGACCGCUUCUUAAUGUCAAUCAAUUAAAUGUAAGUAAUGCUGUCCUUGCUGCAUUGAACGAGCAACCAAGUGUAGAAAAUCAACAUUCCAGAUUGUUUUUUAUGGAUGGACCAGCCGGUAGUGGCAAAACUUUUACAUAUAAUUAUUUGAUUGCUGAGUGA